CCAAUUAGCGGGUCCAAAGUGACCCAUAUAAAUUGAGAAUCACUUUUCUAGGGUUAUACCUUCUGCUCUGAAAGUAGCUCUGCACACCUCUUGCAGCUGCCGCGAGAAAUCAGCCAGACAGAAAGGGCUUAUCUUAUUUUCGCUCGGCAGCCAUGAUUAUUCCAGAGAAGAACCGGAAAGAAAUCUGCAAGUACCUUUUCCAAGAGGGAGUCUGUUAUGCAAAGAAGGAUUACAAUCUUGCAAAACACCCAGAGAUUGAUGUUCCCAAUCUGCAAGUGAUUAAGCUAAUGCAAAGCUUCAAAUCCAGAGAGUAUGUUCGAGAGACAUUCGCAUGGAUGCACUACUACUGGUAUCUUACCAAUGAUGGGAUUGAGUUUCUGAGGACUUAUCUCAAUCUUCCAUCAGAAAUUGUGCCUGCCACCUUGAAGAAAUCUGCAAAGCCUGCUGGUCGCCCAAUGGGUGGUCCUCCUGGUGAUCGUCCAAGGGGCCCACCUCGAUUUGAGGGAGACCGUCCAAGGUUUGGUGACCGUGAAGGGUACCGUGGAGGCCCUCGUGGCGGUGAUUUUGGUGGUGAGAAGGGAGGAGCCCCUGCAGAUUUCCAGCCAUCCUUUAGGGGUGCUGGUGGAAGGCCUGCCUUUGGCCGUGGUGGUGUUGGAUAUGGUGCAGCUCCAUCAGGUUCAGGAUUUCCUUGAAGAGAUGCCUGUUUUCUUAAUUUAUCUUUGUCUCAGAUUUAGUGGGUCAUGUCUAAGACCAAUUCUAAGCCUUUGUUGAAUUCUCUAUAGCAUUUUGUUUUGUAUGCUUUUAAGUGGAAUUUUCUGAGCUUAUUAUGAGAUCGUAAAUUUUUUCCCA